AAAAAAGUCUCGAAAACAGCUGAUGAGUGAUGAAUAGCUAAAUAAUAUAGAAUUCAAAACCAUUUCGUAAAAUACAGAAUCUCACAAUGGCAGAGAUACAAACAUUGAUCGAAAUGGGAUUUCCAAAAGAGCGAGCUGAAAAAGCGCUGGCUGUAACGAAUUACAAGGGUGUAGAGCCGGCAAUGGAGUGGCUUUUAGCGCAUGCAGAUGAUCCUGAGCCGAGUACGGGGUAUACCAUUCAAAGUUCCACUACAAAUCCUGAACCUGUGGUAACGUCGGACCCUGCGCCGUCGACUGACCCUACUCCGUCGACCGACCCUGCUCCGUCAACCGAAGCAAGCGACCAAGAAGCUAAAUCACUUAAAUGUGAUGAAUGUGGUAAACUGUGCAAAAAUCAGGACGAAAUGGAGUUCCAUGCGGCAAAAACAAAUCACAGCAGUUUCUCAGAGUCUACGGAGGAGAAAAAACCAUUAACCGAGGAAGAGAAGAAGGCGCAAAUGGCUUUACUCGAGGAAAGGAUGAAACAGAAACGGAAAGAAAGAGAAGAGAAAGAAAAGGCUGAAGCUUUAGAGCGCGAGCGUCUCCGCAUCAAGUCUGGCAAAGACAUGCAAGAGGCACGGCUGCGGCUCCAGGAGCAGGAGAUGCAGAAACUGGUGGAGCAGCGCCGCCGGGAGAAGCUGGAAGACCAGCGCGCCAGGGAGAGGGUGCGAGCGCAGAUUGAGGCAGACAAGCAAGCCAGGAAACUGGCGGCAUCAGGCAUGCCGGCGCCCCCGCCCGAGCCCGCCCCCGCGCCGAUCGCGCCUGCGCCCGUGGCUCCGCGGGGCUCCUACGAGCAGGCGCGCAUACAGCUCAGGCUGCCCGACGGACAGUCGCUGUCGCACACCUUCGGCGCUAAGGAACAGCUCAGCGCAGUCAGAUUAUAUCUACAGCUCCACAGUCCUGAGUUCGCACAAACUGAGAAUUUCAAGUUAAUGACAACAUUCCCAAAGAAGAUAUUCAGCAGCGAAGACUAUGAGACGCCUUUAGAGUCAUUAGGACUGGCACCAUCUGCGGUCAUCAUAGUGUCGAGAGGUGCCCAAUAAAAAAAACGAUUUUAUUGUUUUCAUUUGGGCUUUGGUGUGUACUGUCAAAAUGUACAUCAUACAUGUACAUGUUACAUUUGUAAAAUACUACAGGCAUGAAAUAUAAUCGGUGCAUUUCAUUAAUUUAUAUAAAAUCAGUAAAAUAUACCAUUUUAUAAGGCUGUAUUUUAAAAUGAUGAAAUAACAUUCAGCCCGGAUUGAAACCUACUUUUCAUUUCAAAUGUUUAAUACUAUGUUUGUGGUGUAUGAAUAUGAAUGUCGAAAAUGACUGGUCUUAUUAUAAUAAAAAUAAAGUUCACUAAACAAUUUGCUGAAUUUAUUAAUUA